UUUAUCGCAAACCCGCCUUGGAAUAAGUAAUUCCGUUGUAAUUUGCAAAAAUGUCGGCUACGGAGAGUAUAAAUACGGGCAAAGAAAAGCUCGAUAAUUGGCUUCACGAGAAGAAUUUCUUUACCGAUGUCUUAGAUAAAAUCGAGAAGAAGACUGGAGUGAAAAGGCUUUAUUUAUUUCUCGGUCUUGUUGGUAUAUUCGCCCUUUAUCUUGUGUUUGGCUAUGGAGCAGAUUUGAUUGUGACCUGCCUGGGUUUUGCCUAUCCAGCCUAUCAAUCGGUUAAAGCUGUGGAAAGUGCAGACAAAGAGGACGACACACAAUGGCUUAUUUAUUGGGUGGUGUUCGGAGUUUUCAACAUCGUGGAGUUCUUUUCGGACAUUUUGCUGUCGUGGUUCCCACUCUAUUUCCUUGUGAAGCUGAUUUUCCUGUGCUGGUGUAUGGCGCCUGUGUCUUGGAAUGGAUGUAACACCAUUUACCACAAGGUUAUCAGACCCUUUGUGUUGAAGCACCAGACUCAAAUUGACAAAGCUUUGAAUAAAGUUGGAGAACAAGUCGACAAAGUCGCCCAAGAAGCUAAAGAUGCAGCUACUGAGGCAGCCAUAAGAGCUGCUACUGAUGGCAAAAAAGAUUCUUAGAUGAUGGUGCUGUAAAGGAAGGAAUGAAAUCAUGCUGAACAAUAUACAGAUUGAUAGAACACUGCUAAGGAAUACUGACUAGGUUCUUUCAAUUCACAUCAAGGGAAUCUCUUUGGCAUUGCUCUUCUGAAAUAAUUUCUUCACAUUGCUUAGCUUAGUAUCAUGCAAUCUCUCUUCAUAGCUUUUUCUAGUAGAAAAUUUAUUCGGUAGUGUCAAUUAUAUUUUAGGAUUCUCUGUGGCAAAAGUCUGAUGUUUUUCUUGUUAUGUUUUUUUAGUUACUUCUUUGUAUUCCAUACUUUGUGUUAGAUGUGAACUGUAAAUUUUGAGGUAAUUUUCAGGUGUUUAACACCACAUCUGUGUGAUGUGAAGUUGACUUGCAUGUACAAAUUUGUGUUCAUGAGCAAUGUAUUUUAUAACAUGGAAAAUUUCCUUUUCUAUGCAGACUUCUAAAUCUCCAGUGUGAUGAUAAACAGGAGGUAUAUAAAAUAUGUUAGUGCACCUUGUAACAAAGGCACAAUAAUUCAUAGUAUCAAGGAAAAUGUGAAUAUUGUUUACCUGAAACUAUAAAUGUACAACCAAUUAAAACGUUGUCAUAAAAAAUACUACUUUUUUAAAUGAAAUACCAACUGGGGUCUUUUUAGCUAAACAUAAAUUUUCUAAUCCAGGGGGGAUAACUACUUAAAUUCAAUUCUAUAGUUAAUUUUCUUUUGUCUAUUGUUAUAUCUUGGUUGAGUGAUGCUCCAUUGUCUUUUUUGUCACUAUUGCACCUUGGUAUAAUUGAUCAGUAGUAUACCAAUAAAUUGACAUUUAAUCA